AUGGCCAUGGCCUCGCGCACGCUCCUCGCCACGGCUUGCCUUCUCGUCCUGCUGCUCCUGACGCUGGGCGGCGCUCUCGUCGAGGCACGGCGUCCAUGGCCACGGUGGCCGCACCGCGAGGUUGCUCCAAGUUACGGGCUCUCGACGACGGCGGACGCGCCGGAGAGUAGUAGUGUCGAUGGUUACGCGACGACGUUUGACGUCGGCAGCUUCGGAGCCGCCGGCGACGGGAAGACGGACGACACGGCCGCGUUCCAGAACGCAUGGGCCCAGGCCUGCUCCUCGGCACAGCCAGCCGUCGUGCUCGUGCCUGCCGGAAGGAGCUACCUCCUCAAGGAAACCAGCCUGUCCGGUCCGUGCAAGUCCAGGGUCACGUUCAGGCUGGACGGAACGCUGGUGGCUCCGGAGGACAAGUCGGGCUGGGGCAAGCAAGGCAGCCUCCCUCGCUGGAUCAUCUUCAGGGGCGUCGACGGCCUCACGGUGAUCGGCGAGGGCGCCAUGGACGGCCGGGGCGAGGCGUCGUGGAAGAACUCGUGCCGGACGAACCACGCGAUGCCGUGCACCAUCGCGCCGUCGGCGCUCACCUUCGCGUCGUGCGACCGCCUCGUGGUGGAGGGCAUCAGCCUGCUGAACGCGCCGCAGAUCCACCUGUGGGUGGAGCUCUGCCGCGACGUGACGCUGUCCCGGCUCACCAUCGCGUCGCCCGGCGACAGCCCCGAGAACGACGGCAUCCACGUCGCGCGCAGCGACGGCGUGCGCAUCCUCGGGGCCAGGAUCGAGGCCGGCGACGACUGCCUGUCGGUGGUGACGGGCACGACGAACCUGUACGCCACCAGGAUAGAGUGCGGCCCCGGGCACGGGAUCAGCAUCGGGAGCCUGGGCAGAGGGAACACCAGGGCCGAGGUGUCCAACGUCACUGUCGACGGGGCGCACGUGUCGGGCACGAUGUUCGGGGCGAGGAUCAAGACGUGGCAGGGGGGCAGCGGGUUCGUAAGGGGCGUCAAGUUCCUGAAUAUGGCGAUGGACAGGGUGAAGAACCCCAUCUUGAUCGACCAGAACUACUGCACCACGCCGCACCCCUCCAAUACCACGGCGUGCGAUCACAAACAGAGCCAGAGCUCCGCCGUCCAGGUCAGCGACGUCGUGUUCAGCAACAUCAGGGGCACCACCGUCGCCAGGGACGCCAUCAGGCUGCACUGCAGCCAGGCCUUCCCGUGCCGCGACAUUGUGCUCAUGGACAUCGACCUCAAGACGAGGGGGAACGGCGAGAAGAACGCCGCCACGAGCACCUGCGACAACGCCCUGCUGGGAGUGUCCAGCAGCGUUUCUCCGACGCCGUGCUCGUCCGUGGCGACCAACAAGGAUUAG